AUGAUUCCCGUAAAGACGGCCGCGUCCACCUCGUCGGGAAGAGAGAAGGAGAGAAGCGCUGGAGCGGGCGGUACGGAAGAGACAACGCACACACAAACAGGCGCGCGCUUACACACGCGCGCACACUGCUGGAAGAGCGCAGCGCUCGAGUACAGUGCCCGUAGCGCUACCUCUAGAUCUGUGCGCUGGAUCAACGCAAGAUACGAGAACAACGCUGCCCUCUCUCGCGCACACAUACGCAUACGCGGAGGCACGCGCGAGUGCGGAGCCAGUGCAGCUAACAGCAGUGCGUUGCUUCUAUUUCUGUCAUGUAAAUAUGUAUUACUCGUGCCGUUCAUCGGCAUUUCAGGAGCAUCACUCAUCCUGGAUGCAGCUGGAGGGGCCGUGAUGGGAGCUGACAAGUGGCAGGACCAUUCCCAACAGCCCAGCCCAAUCAGAGAUCAGGGAUGCGGGAGCAGCAGGGUAUUAAGGAGGAUUAUUUGGACAGUUCAGGGUUUCCCCAGACUUGGCAAGACAACAUUAGGACAAGGCUGCCCCCGUGACUCUGUGUGGUACUGCAACAAACCUUCAUCACAGCACGGUGCCAAAAGAGACGCAAAUGCAUGCUGUGCGCAAGGAACACAGAGUCUCGAUUUUUUAGGAGUAAGACCACAGGAAGUGAAUCUGGGAAAUUAG